GAUAUAGCCAGCAGCACUUACAAUACGCCGGGUAGUUGACCCAUAUCAUUUGGCUGGAGUACCCGACCAGACUCGUGGGACCAUAUCUGCUUAUUAGCUUGUUUAUGACCUGGCCGGUAGCGGUUGCCAGCUAAUACGCUAUAUUGGUCGUAAGAGAUUACAAAAUACAUUAACCGAACAGAUAUUAUCUGCUGGUCGCAUGGUCUUUUUGUGACCUUUUCUUCAACGGUGGUAAGAAAUUAUUUAUUUCUUCUUAUCAUGAUUUUCAAUAAUAGUGUCGCACUUGAUAGAUGAUUUUUUAUUUAGAUUAUUUUUGAUAGUAUAUUAUCUUUGUUUAUAAUUAAAAUCACAUUUGUUGUCACAUCAAUCAGCCAAAUAUUUUUUAUUCUGUGAUUCUGACUGCAAACGUGAAACAGGCCUGCCUGACCAUACGAUUGUAAGAAAUAUUCUAACACUUUUUGCACCCUCAUUAGGAAAAUACGAUUUUUAAACGAAACAAAAUAAUAUUUUCAAACACCCGCUCUCACCCCCCCCCUCUCGCCCCCACACACCUUUAAAAAUUAGGGGGUUUUUUUUUAGGUCCCAUUUUGAUUUUUUGUUUCUAGUGCGAAAUUUUAGGAGAUCAUGUACCCAAAAGCAUUUUGAGGCAAUCUAUUGCAUUCUGAAGCCUGCUUAGGGCCAUGACACUAAAGUAAAAUACGUAAAACAAGGAAUACCCCUGUUUGGGUCUCAUUCACAUCAGUCCUGCAUGACCUACUUUUCAUGGGAACUCUCUCCUAUGCCCCAACAACUUAAAAUAGCUCCGCUUAGAAACGUACAAUCUAUUUAAUUUUUUUUUUAGGAAGUUAAUAUGAAAUAUGAAAAGCAAUGGGUGGGGGGGGGCAAUGUUUUGUUUGGUGAUAAAUCAUCUGAACUCACUGAUGUAGAAUAGAUGAUUAAUGUACAAAGUAUAAUAACACCUUCUAACGUACCACAUACACACCACACACACCCACACACACCACACAUACACACCACACACACACACACCCCAUACAAACUCACACCACACACACACACUCACACUUAAGGAGGUUCGAUUCAAAAAUAGAGCUCAAACUAAAAUCAGAUUUGGCUACUUAAAAAUAUGACUUUAAUUUGGGGUUAAGUGUUAAGAUCAUUUGGUUCGGCCAUCAUCGGCAUCCAUCCAAGUGCACAAAAUGAUGGCCUGCAAUCAUAGUCUGCUGAAAGCUAACAGUACUGAAUCUCCCGCAACUUGAACGCUUAACUGCGUUUGUCAACGGCGCCAAGCUCCAGACGUCACCUGUUCCUAGUAGUGAAAAUGAAGAUAUGUUUGGGCAGUUCUUUUUGGUAUUGGGUCGCUCGGAGGAGGAAAAAGGCCAAGCAUAGUUGACCAUCACUUUUGGACAAAAACAUGUGUGGUAGUCGUCAAAGGGCAGCAUUUGACAGAUUCGUGUCUUUUGGUGACGUCAAGAUGACAGGAUUUCUUUCUUUUUUUAAAAACUCAUUCUUUAAAAAUUGAUUUUUUUUUUAUUGAGUAGUUUUACAAAAUAAAUAGUUCGCAUAAAAUGUUAAAAUUCCAGGUCAAGGGACUUCUAAAAUUCCAAUAGCAUCUCAUCUGUUGCUCUCCGAUUAAGUUUAGAAUGACGGAAAUCUAAAUUCAGGUAUUCACCCAAAUUGCAUCUUUGCAUUUGGAUUUAUCCGACACAUAAAAAUACUGCCUAAAGGAUAUAUCAUAUAUUGAAUACAUACUAUCUAAAUGGUAUAUCAUUUAUUGAUACUUUCUGCAAACAUGACAUAUCAUUUACUGAUACACACUGCCUAGAUGAUACAUCAUUUAAUGAUACAUACUGCAAAGAUAAUACACCAUAACUGCAUAGAUGAUACAUCAUUGACUGAUAUAUACUGCAAAGAUGAUACGUCAUAACUGCAUAGAUGAUACAUCAUUUACUGAUACAUACUGAAAAGAUGAUACAUCAUAACUGCAUAGAUGAUACAUCAUUUACUGAUACAUACUGCAUAGAUGAUACAUCAUUUACUGAUACACCUUGCCUAGAUGAUAAUCAUUUACUGAUGCACCUUGCCUAGAUGAUACAUCAUUUACUGAUACACCUUGCCUAGAUGAUAAUCAUUUACUGAUGCACCUUGCCUAGAUGAUACAUCAUUUACUGAUACACCUUGCCUAGAUAAUACAUCAUUUACUGAUCCACCUUGCCUAGAUGAUACAUCAUUUACUGAUGCACCUUGCCUAGAUGAUACAUCAUUUACUGAUGCACCUUGCCUAGAUGAUACAUCAUUUACUGAUACACCAUGCCUAGAUGAUACAUCAUUUACUGAUACACCUUGCCUAGAUGAUACAUCAUUUACUGAUACACCUUGCCUAGAUGAUACAUCAUUUACUGAUACACCUUGCCUAGAUGAUACAUCAUUUACUGAUGCACCUUGCCUAGAUGAUACAUCAUUUACUGAUACAUACUGCAAAGAUAAUACAUCAUAACUGCAUACAUGAAACAUCAUUUACAUAUACAUACUGCAUAGAUGAUACAUCAUAACUGCAUAGAUGAUACAUCAUUUACUGAUACACACUGCCUAGACGAUACAUCAUUUACUGAAACAUACUGAAAAGAUGAUACAUCAUUUACUGAUACACAAUGACUAGAUGAUACAUCAUUUACUGAUACACACUGACUAGACGAUAUAUCAUUUACUGAUACAUACUGAAAAGAUGAUACAUCAUUUACUGAUACACACUGCCUAGAUGAUACAUCAUUUACUGAUGCACCUUGCCUAGAUGAUACAUCAUUUACUGAUACAUACUGCAAAGAUGAUACAUCAUAACUGCAUACAUGAAACAUCAUUUACUUAUACAUACUGCAUAGAUGAUACAUCAUAACUGCAUAGAUGAUACAUCAUUUACAUAUACAUACUGCAUAGAUGAUACAUCAUAGCUGCAUAGAUGAUACAUCAUAACUGCAUAGAUGAUACAUCAUUUACUGAUACACACUGCCUAGACGAUACAUCAUUUACUGAUACAUACUGAAAAGAUGAUACAUCAUUUACUGAUACACACUGCCUAGAUGAUACAUCAUUUACUAAUACACACUGACUAGAUGACACAUCAUAUACUGAUACACACUGACUAGACGAUACAUCAUUUACUGAUACACACUGACUAGAUGACACAUCAUAUACUGAUACACACUGCCUAGACGAUACAUCAUUUACUGAUACAUACUGAAAAGAUGAUACAUCAUUUACUGAUACACACUGCCUAGAUGAUACAUCAUUUACUAAUACACACUGACUAGAUGACACAUCAUAUACUGAUACACACUGACUAGACGAUACAUCAUUUACUGAUACACACUGACUAGAUGACACAUCAUAUACUGAUACACACUGACUAGAUGAUACAUCAUUUACUGAUACACACUGCCUAGAUGAUACAUCAUUUACUGAUGCACCUUGCCUAGAUGAUACAUCAUUUACUGAUACAUACUGCAAAGAUGAUACAUCAUAACUGCAUAGAUGAUACAUCAUUUACUGAUACAUACUGCAUAGAUGAUACAUCAUAACUUCAUAGAUGAUACAUCAUUUACUGAUUACAUACUGCAUAGAUGAUACAUCAUUUACUGAUACAUACUGCAUAGAUGAUACAUCAUUUACUGAUACACCUUGCCUAGAUGAUACAUCAUUUACUGAUGACAUUUAGUGGCAACGCCAUCUUAGAGCUUAGCUUCUCCUUGGCGCUGCCCUAGUUAUAUUACUUGUUUAGUCCCUAUCUGCUGUAUUAUCUGUGUCUGACAUAGUUAUUUUUCAAAUACUUUAACCUAAACUAAACUUGCUCCCAGUGACAUAGAAAUCUGAAGGAGCCACCAGCUUAAAAUCUCGAAAUGACUGGGGUCUAUAUCAACUGUUAUUACUGGAUUCAGUGAAGAAUUUAAUUUUUUUUUUAUUCAUAACAGAUUUUUACGCUGAGUGCCAUUUAUAUCUAACUAGCUGACAUACCCGGCCUUGCCAGGAUUUGUAUCGGGAAAAACUUCUAAACAGUUAUCAGAGUACACGGAAAUUUAGAGGCCGUCUAAAAACAAUUCGUUAAGGAUCUAGAUUAAAAUAUUGUAGCGACACGUUAUACCAGAAAGAUACAUGGAUUGGACACUUAGACUCGUAUUCUUUCAAAAAGACCUUUAUUAAAUCUAAGAACAAUUACAUAGUGACACAUAGUGGUAUGAUGGUUUUUUUUUCAUUUCUCAAUUUUGAACUGUAUCCCCCACCGUGUCAUUAUGUUCGUAACACUACCAUGUCAUUAUAUGUCAAUAACACUACCGUCUCAUUAUAAUAUUUCAGUAACGCUACCAGGUCAUUAUCUGAUGUCAGUAAAAAUGAAAUCUAGACAGAAAUUUAUUGUGAGAGGCAUUAACGAAGCUUAACAUGAAUGUCCAAAUGUAAAUAACUUAAUAAAGAAAGGGAAAUGGGCUGAAAUUGUUCCGUCCGUUAGCUAUUGUGCCGUUGAGACAUUGCUACUUUCAUAAAUAUACACCCACAUAUUCAGUGGCGUAGUUUUACUCAAUGCAAAGAUUUGAGGCUGAUUCACAUACUUGCGAUUUCUCCACCCCCCCCCCCCCGACACACAUCUACUUUAUAAAGUUAGUAAUAGAAUGUAAGAAAAAAACAACCCCUCCGGUCUGUAAACCUUUAUAGACGCCCCUGAACUAUGUGAUAGAUCUUAUAUAAUGUUUGACCCGUCUCAUACCACUAAAUGAACUGUAGUUUCUUAAAAUAGUUCAACACGUAUUUACGUAUAUCUAGAAAAUAGAAUUGCAUUAAGCGGCUAAUCUUUUGUUGGGCAAAAGUAUUUCAAAUAUUAUUUUUUGAAAGCACCAACAUAAAAUAAAGCUUUAUUUUAAAAUUCAAAUAAGUGCAACAAAGAAAUGCGCACCGAAAACCUUUCUAUAAAAGAUAUUUGAAUGCGCACCGUUCUAAAUAAAGACUUAUUAAUAACGUACACCAGAGAUAAUUUACUUUUAACGUUCCUCGAAGAUAUUAAUUUUUUGUUUAACCCUACCCUCUACAUAUUAUUAAGAUUUUUAAAAUCAAAGAUUUUGGAUUAAAGGGAUUAUGACCAAACUUUCCAGCAACUAUCUAAUAGAUUAGGAGGAAUGAGCAUGUCACAUUUUGUCGUGAUCCAUUGUUUGUGUUUCUCGUGAUCAAAUAACCCAUUUAUAAACAUAACUCAACAUAGUCAAACCGAGCGCUAUAUGGCAGACGUUGAGGUUUUCGGCAAGUUUAGUGUUUUUUGGCAAUUUUAGUGACCUAGAAAUUUAAUCUCACGUCAAUUGUGCCAAAACAGUAAAUAUUUUUUUUAAAAUGAGUCUUUAUUUACAUCCCUGCACAUACAGUCCUCGCGAUACCCCUGUAUGUUUACCCCCAACUUAAGAAAGUAUGUCGCCUAGAGGAUGUUUUGAAAACGUGUCAUGUGACAAUUACUUCUGGUCUGUUAUUUAUCAAGAAAUGUACUUCAUGGGGUUGGGGCAAUUGCGUGACGCAUGGAAUGCAAAAAACACUUUCAUUAUUUAUAUCUAUUUGAUCUAACAGACUCCAACAAAGCGUGCACGUAUCUUUGGUGAUAGUUUCUGAGCGUUUUGUUUUUUGGAUGGAUCUGGUUGAAAAAACUAUUAAAUAGUUGCAAUGGCCUGAAAGAAAACAGUGCUUUGAAUUGAAUUACGAACCACCGUAAGUAUUUGAAAGGGCAGAGUGUGAUCGAUCUGUGAUCGAACUGUGUUGUCCGGAGGUAUUGCAUUUUGUUACGUACGCGAGAAAAAAAAAUGUAUACCGGUUUGCGAUUGAUAAAUUAUGCACUUCAUUUGAUUCCCUUGAGUGAUGCAAAUGAAACAUUGGCGACGAGAAGAUACAUUGUUCAAGAAUAGAUACAUUGGCAAAGAAAAGAUGAAUUGGCCAAGGAACGAUAUAUUGGCCAAGAAAAGAUGCACUGGCCAAGAAAAGGUGCAUUGGCAAGAACAGAUACAUUGGCCAAGAGCAUAUAUAUUUGCCAUAAGCAGAUGCAUUGGUCAAGAAAAGAUACAUCUGCCAAGAAAAGAUAUAUUGGCCAAGAAAAGAUGCAUUGGCCAAGAAAAGAUUCAUCUGCCAAGAAAAGAUACAUUUGCCAAGAAAAGAUGCAUUGGCCAAGAAACGAUACAUUGGCCAAGAAAGAUACAUCUGCUAAGAAAAGAUACAUUGGCCAAGAAAAGAUACAUUGGCCAACAAAAGAUACAUUUGCCAAGAAAAGAUACACCUGCCAAGAAAAGAUACAUCUGCCAAGAAAAGAUGCAUUGGCCAAGAAACGAUACAUUGGCCAAGAAAAGAUACAUCUGCCAAGAAAAGAUACAUUGGCCAAGAAAAGAUACAUCUGCCAAGAAAAGAUACAUUGGCCAAGAAAAGAUACAUCUGCCAAGAAAAGAUACAUCGGCCAAGAAAAGAUGCAUUGGCCAAGAAACGAUACAUUGGCCAAGAAAAGAUACAUCUGCCAAGAAAAGAUACAUCUGCCAAGAAAAGAUACAUCUGCCAAGAAAAGAUACAUCUGCCAAGAAAAGAUACAUCUGCCAAGAAAAGAUACAUUUGCCAAGAAAAGAUACAUCUGCCAAGAAAAGAUACAUCUGCCAAGAACAGAUACAUUUGCUAAGAAAAGAUACAUUUGCUAAGAAAAGAUACAUCUGCCAAGAAAAGAUACAUCUGCCAAGAAAAGAUACCUUGGCCAAGAAAAGAUACAUCUGCUAAGAAAAGAUACAUUGGCCAAGAAAAGAUACAUUGGCCAACAAAAGAUACAUUUGCCAAGAAAAGAUACAUCUGCCAAGAAAAGAUACAUCUGCCAAGAAAAGAUGCAUUGGCCAAAAAACGAUACAUUGGCCAAGAAAAGAUACAUCUGCCAAGAAAAGAUACAUUGGCCAAGAAAAGAUACCUUGGCCAAGAAAAUAUACAUCUGCUAAGAAAAGAUACAUUGGCCAAGAAAAGAUACAUUGGCCAACAAAAGAUACAUUUGCCAAGAAAAGAUACAUCUGCCAAGAAAAGAUACAUCUGCCAAGAAAAGAUACAUCUGCCAAGAAAAGAUACAUCUGCCAAGAAAAGAUACAUUUUUCCAAGAAAAGAUACAUCUGCCAAGAAAAGAUACAUCUGCCAAGAAAAGAUACAUCUGCCAAGAAAAGAUACAUUUGCCAAGAAAAGAUACAUCUGCCAAGAAAAGAUACAUCUGCCAAGAAAAGAUACAUUUGCCAAGAAAAGAUACAUCUGCCAAGAAAAGAUACAUUUGCCAAGAAAAGAUACAUCUGCCAAGAAAAGAUACAUCUGCCAAGAACAGAUACAUUGGCCAAGAAACGAUACUUUGGUCCUGAAUGUGCUUAAAAUGUUUCAAUUUUCAAUGAAUGUAUCAGUAUCACAGGAGUUCAAGCCUUGAAAUGAAUGUAUCAGUAUCACAGGAGUUCAAGCCUUGAAAUGAAUGUAUCAGUAUCACAGGAGUUCAAGCCUUGAAAUGAAUGUAUCAGUAUCACAGGAGUUCAAGCCUUGAAAUGAAUGUAUCAGUAUCACAGGAGUUCAAGCCUUGAAAUGAAUGUAUCAGUAUCACAGGAGUUCAAGCCUUGAAAUGAAUGUAUCAGUAUCACAGGAGUUCAAGCCUUGAAAUGAAUGUAUCAGUAUCACAGGAGUUCAAGCCUUGAAAUGAAUGUAUCAGUAUCACAGGAGUUCAAGCCUUGAAAUGAAUGUAUCAGUAUCACAGGAGUUCAAGCCUUGAAAUGAAUGUAUCAGUAUCACAGGAGUUCAAGCCUUGCCAUAAGCACUAUUGCGGUUUAUUUUGACUAGCACCAUCUAAAUGCGAUUUUCCCUUCAUUUUGCAAUCAGUUUAAAGGCUUUCUAGUGGCAUUUUACCGAAUUUCCUUCUACACAAAAUGUUAUUUUAAAAUAUUGUCUUAAAUAUAUAAAGAACAGUUUAGAUUUUAAAACAAAACAAUUCAUUUUUCCCUAUAUUUUUAAGCGUCGGUGAAAUAAUUUCUCAAAAUGUACCUAUUUUACAGUAAACUCAUAUAUGUAAAUUAAUCCUAUUUUCCCAGUAGUAAAUGUAACCUUAUAAAUUUAUUACCAAAUUGACUCAUUUUAUUAUAAAAUAAACACAUUACUUAGGACUGAUCUUUCAAAAGAUUCACUUGCUUAAAACUACCCCCCCCCCAACCCAAAAAACAAAAAAACAACAACAACACAUUGCCAAACACCCUUCCAAACACCCUUCCAAUCACCCUUCCAAUCACCCUUCCAAUCACCCUUCCAAACACCCUUCCAAUCACCCUUCCAAACACCUUCCAUACACCCUUCCAAAUACCCUUCCAAACACCCUUCCAAACCUCCUUCCAAUCACCCUUCCAAACACCUUCCAAACACCCUUCUCAACACCCUUCCAAACACCCUUCCAAACACCCCUUGUGCGGUGUUACCUAAAUAACUAUUUAUAAAUCCUAAUAUGAUCCUCGGUGGGACUUUCAAAAAACUAUUUUUAGACCAGUAGUUUGGGUAAUAACAGCAUAACGGUGGCUGAAGAGUUCCAAAGAUUUCCACUCCAAGACGAAAACAGACCAUGUUUACCCCAAUGCCGUGCAGGAAGUGUGUCGUGAGGCAUACGACUGACCAUGCAGUCUACCCGCCUGACGUUAAAACGUACAAGGCCACAUUCAGGUGCUCCAGGUGUACGCUCGGCUCAGCAGAAAAUUAACCAUGUGAUUGGUGACACACAAAGACUAAGGCCAUUAAAAUUCGCCCAUUCGCCCAUUUUUCAUGAAAACAUAUCAGUGUUAUAGUCAGUCUUCACACGUGUUGCACUUAAACAGAAUGGCCUGCUCACCGUAUUAUUGUUUUUAAGUCCUUAGAAAAAAAAAAAAAAAAGAGAUCUUACACUAAUUUAUAAAACAGUAAGGGCCUUCUGAAUUUAAAUUUAGGAACAACUGUCAUCAAUUAUCAUCAUUUUACAAUUACUUGCCUUCACAUAAUUUCAUAUUUAAGAAAAAUAAUAUUUCUGUUGUUGUUCCAGAGCUACUUUUCCAAAACCUGAUGCUGUCACCAUGACAACGAUGAAAACAGUGCGUGUCACAGAUGCCGGACUCUCGGCCCAAGAUCUCAUCCAGCUUCCAAAAGCCUCCAUGAAAUAUGGGAUUCUCCGUCGCAAAAACUCAAAAAUCAAUUUCGGCAAAUGGCCACACAGGUUUGUGGUCCUGCUUCACGGGGCCGUCUACAUCUACAACGAUGAGAACGCCAAGUCAGCGUGCCACACAUUUUCACUGGUCGGUUACAACUGUGUCCAGAGGGUGCAGUCUAAGACCCACGAGCAUUGCUUCGAGGUGCUUCCGGCCCAGAUUUCAAAAGCCUCCAAAAAGGAGACGUUUGCGUGCCUCAGCAACGUGGAGAGAAAAGACUGGAUGCUGGCCAUCAAGCAGCAGAUAUACACGGCGAACAACGUUGAUCUGUUAGACAUGUCGCUCACCGAGAAAUUGAAAUCGCUGUCCAUGAGCGACGAGGACGAAUACAAAGAGAUAGAGGAGAAGGUGUUCAGUCCCGGUGAUAAAGAGCCAGAGUUGGCCGAGACGUCCGAAGAUGAGGACGAAUCAUCGGAAUCUGAGGAGGAGGAACCGCAGCCCGAGUUUAAAAAGACGAAAAGGUCGCUGUCCAUGCCGCAGGCGGUAACACGUGAUCAGAUGUUGCAGCUCCAAGCCAAAUUCUCAUUCAAAUACAGCGGCAUCAGUUCUGUUGAUGAGGAAGACGAGCACGUGAAAUCUCACAAAUCUAAAUCUCAAAAGGGUUCCAAUUUGCAUAGGACCCCUUCUGACCCCCAACCCCCACCCCCACGGUACAGUGAGGUUGUCACGGAGGAGGAGCCGGAUUACGUCAACCUGAACAAGAUAAAGGAGGACUUUGAUCUGUACGAGACUCCUCCGGAUCCGAUCGACAUGUCCCUGGAGGUCAUGUGUACGGUGAUUGACGACAAUCCGGACCGAGAUCAUCUCAUAAUUCAGCUUCAAGCCAAAAGGGCGUUCGGCACGUAUUUGAUCAGGAAGUCGAGACAAAGCGACCAGAAAAUUCUGUCGUUCCUGACCCGAAACGGUCACGUGAAGGAGUACAGAAUCUACAACGAGGACCACAAGGUGUUCCUGGAGAGGAGUGACAAGUUCAAUACCGUGGACGAGCUUCUUCAGCACUACACUAAUGUCGGGACAUUGCCUCUGUCGGACUACAAGCUGAAAUAUGGAUUCCACAGCGUAAAUGUCAGCGAGACGUUAUGAACGUCACUUCCGGCGCCAUUUCGUUGAGUCUUCACGUUUUGGUUAGGGCGUGGUGUGAGGGGAAGAGUAACGAAUACUGGUCGUAUAUUCCCCCCCCCCCUUUUUUUUUUACCAAGAAAAUAUGAUUUGGAAAACAGGGGCAGAUUACUUUCACGACGUUACUGACUAUUGGUGAAGGGGCAGAGUCUAUUUCAUGUCACUUUGUUAGGGCGUGGUGUGAGGGGAAGAGUAACGAAUACUGGUCGUAUAUUCCCCCCCCCCCCUUUUUUUUUUACCAAGAAAAUAUGAUUUGGAAAACAGGGGCAGAUUACUCUCACGACGUUACUGGAUAUUGGUGAAGGGGCAGAGUCUAUUUCAUGUCACUUCCGGCAUUGUUGAUCUAAAUUGUACAUAAACCGCCAAGUAUUUCAAAUUUACGGAUUUGCCGUGUUCUUAACUCUUAAAGAGAAUAAAACGUAUUUAAAAAAAACAACUAAAUGGCAUAUAUAUGUUUUCAAACCCAAAUUCCUGAAUGUAUGCUAUAAUUCUGACUGAAUCGCCACGCUGUGUUUUUAUAACAAAAACAUCAACCCAAAAAAAUGGUCUCAGGGUCUCGUGAUGAAGGUUUCUGAAUGCAAACACUUUUACAACGGAUAGUUGUUGGCUUCCUAAAGAAUUAUUGGCUCGGUGAAAUGGUUCGAACGAUUGUCAACAUGCUUGAGGUCAAGGUGCUCUGUCUGGACAUUAUCGUCUGUCAACAUGCUUGAGGUCAAAGUACUCUGUCGGGACAUGACGAAAGAAUUGAAAUGGGGUUGUGAAAUCAGUUGCGUUUACUGGUUGUCUCCCAUGGCGAUAUCCCCCAAAAUUGCGUUCCAUUCCCCAGAGCUGCGCAACCUACAAAUCGGACAUUGUUAACAAACAGUCCAACCCUGCUGUAGUAGAAGGAUGUUCAGUACAGACCUUUUAAAUGGAACAUGCAUUGUACUGUUAUAACUGUUAACAUCAUAACUAAAGCCCACUAGAUUAUGUAAUUUGGUAUAUUUAAAAAAAAAAUAUUUGGCUCUUGGUGUGCAGCUGUAUUCUCGGAAAGGUCUUUGGUGUGCCGCUGUAUUCUCGGAAAGGUCUUUGGUGUGCCGCGAGUGAUUUUAGAAAAAAAAAUGGGUUUCAGAGCUCUACGUUGACCCACACUCAACAAAUUGUUUAAUUGGAGUUGUAUAUUUAACCUUUAAAUGCCGGUAGCUUCACCCUAUACGCACUCCCUAGGUACCCCACUGUGUGGCAUGAAUAUUGCAAGUGAGAAUUAAUCACAAAACAAAAUGACAUGACAGGGGAGCGAAUCGUCUAUCUAUUAUCAGACAGACUAGGAAGAGUUAUAUUUCUUUUAUUGACUACGAUUGGAACAACGAGAAUAAUAUGUAUUUAUUAUUAAGUUCAUUUUAAUAGAUUUGGUAAUGAUUCUAAAAAACAGAAAUUGAAAUAUAUCAUAAUUCAAUGACUACUAGAAUGUUUUUGUCCAUCCUCUUUAUAUCUAAUAUUUU